UCAUGGCUGUCAGUAUAAAUUUGUCCAUUGUAAGAUGAACUUUCCCUCUGCGAAAUAUACACAUAAAAGGGUACUUUUAUUUAUUUCUGUAUUAAAAGGGGUGAAAUCCAGCAAAAAACGUUAUAAAAUGUUUCAGCGGGUGAAGUGAGAACGUGUUGACUUGGGAUUUGCCUGUUUACAAGAGAGAUAAGCUUGAAAUUGAAUAAUGACUUCUAGUAGUAGAUUGGAUCGACUUUUUGUGCUCUUGGAGACCGGCAGUACCUCUGUAACUAGAUCAGCUGCCGCCAAACAGUUAGGGGAAGUACAGCGGCUACAUCCUCACGAGCUCAAUACCUUGCUGUUCAGGACUGCCUCGUACCUGCGUUCCCCUAGCUGGGACACCCGAAUAGCUGCCAGCGAAGCCGUCAGGGCAAUUGUUAAUAACGUGCCCCAAUGGAAUCCUCGGGGAAUACCCGACACUAUCAAAGAGGAAAAUGGUGUAUCAUCUCAAGCAUUAUCGAUCGUCGGAAGACUACAGUUUGAGCAGUUUGACAUGUCUAAAGUAUUAGAUAAUAGCACACAUUUAAUGGCUUCUGAGGGCAAGGAGUUUGACGUGGAAGAAGAUUCAGCUUUAGGUUUAGACAUGAAGGAACGCCUAGCCAAGCAAAGACAACUCCUCAAUAACAGGCUGGGCUUAGACGUGGCCGCCAGGAUGGGUUUCAACACUUCAGCUUUAUUCUCCAAUGAAGACUUGGCCGUAGGCAUUGAAAAAAUCGAGCAACCUCACGAUUACAAUUCAGGAAUUGUAAAGAGCCUCGCAGAGUCUGCAGCAAAGACUGGACUGAGCAGUCGCAGAGAUGAACAGGGCCAAAGAAUGGCCAGACAAGCGGUGAACAAGCAAAGAUCUCGUGACGUAGGGGAGGAUGGACAAAUGAACGGGGACGAGCCCGAAAGGAAGAAAAUUAAGACUGAAAUUAAGGAGGAAAACACCGUUACAGUUGAUGUAGAAACAUCCGAGUCGUGCGAUUGGCCUUUAGAAUGGUUCUGCGAUCAGCUCAGCCAGGACUUGUUUAGUUCAAGUUGGGAGACGAGACAUGGCGCUGCCACAGCUUUAAGAGAAGUACUGAGCGUGCACGGUAGAGGAGCUGGGAAGGCCACAUAUUUACCAGCUAGUCAGAUGGAACUCUACCACCAAAUGUGGCUGGAAGACAUGUCAAUACGGCUCCUUUGCGUCCUAGCUCUAGACCGCUUCGGCGACUUUGUUUCCGAUGCGGUCGUUGCUCCUGUAAGGGAGACUUGCGCUCAAGCCCUUUGCGCAGUCAUCAAACUGAUGGACACCAGGUCCUGCAACUGCGUGCUGAACAUCCUACUGCAGCUACUCAGUCAUCAGGAUUGGGAGGCAAGACAUGGAGGGUUAUUGGGGCUGAAGUAUUUGCUGGCAGUUAGAGUGGAUAUGAUCGACGAGUUACUUCCUAAGGCUUUUCCAUAUAUUUUGCAAGGUCUCUCCGACACUGUAGACGAUGUCAGCUCCGUAGCAGCCUCGUCAUUAAUUCCUGUUGCCCCAAAACUAACAGAAUUAGUACUGGGUUCAGUACCUCAGGUAAUCACCAAACUAUGGGACUUACUAUCCGAACAAGACGAACUAGCUGCUGCCUGUAACAGUUUCAUGGGCCUGCUGGCCGCCAUUCUCAAUUUACCUCAAGCUCAAUCUCUCUUACCGUCCCAACCGCUCAAUGACGUAGUACCUAGACUCUGGCCCUUCCUUUCUCACAGUACUUCAUCUGUGCGCAAGGCGACUUUGCAGACGCUAUGCACAUUGACAGAGCGUCCUGCUGACGGGUCCAUUAUAUUCUGGGAAGCCCAGCUGUUGCAAGACGCGAUGCGACAUAUUUUUCAGAGGGUUUUGGUCGAGCCAAUAGCAGAGGUUAGAGACGUAGCAGAGAAAGUUUGGAGUAACCUAGUAAAAAACUCCGGCUUAGUCGAGCUGCUACAUGCGGCUUGUCCAUUCAUAACCGUUUGGUUGUUUUUAACCAUGCAACCCAUAAAGGUACUAUUUGACAAUAACCUGUUUAUUCAAGCAAAAACUCAAAGAAAGACUGGAAAUGUCCUGAAUAAUUUUGACCAUACAAUCGGCCAUUCCAAAUAUUUUAUAGGAGGUGGUGAAACAACUCCCAUUGCAACAAGAGAAGCUAACAGCGUCCAAGUCCGAUGUAUGGCCACGCGGAUGCUGGGAUUACUAUCCUGUUACAUAGUGAAACCUGCUCCAGGGCUGAUUUAUACUCAGGGCAUAGAGAAACCAAUAGACUGUUACGAAAAAGUACUGCUCGUUCAUUUGAAUUCGAAAUCUGCACUACAGAGACUAGUUACAGGUCUCGUUAUAUCCGAAUGGGCCAAACUCAACACAGAAAUCCAAGACUGCCCGCCCAACUUAAAACAGCGCUUACACCAAUGCCAAGACGAGAUCAUCUACUUCGACGAAAUAGCGCACAGCUUUACUAAACUAGCUCAAGAAACGCGUGAUUUCCUCGCCACUCUACGCCAUUACAAAGUCCCCAUCCAAAUCAACAUCGAUCAACCCCUAACCUUACCUCUCAUCGAGCAUCUGACCAACUCAGACACCGAGAACAUUCUAGUCAGUUUCAAAAUGAAGCCCAAGAUAUUGGAAAGUCUGCAAGAAAGAAGACGGUCGAUUCAGAACUCGGUCGUGCAAACUACUAACGAGCAGAAAUCGCUGACGAUAAGCACGAAAGCCGCGUUAUCUGGUGCCAUAGCUAUGUUUAGAGCUUUACCCGAAAAACUUAACCCUGUGAUAAAACCUUUGAUGGACUCUGUCAAGUACGAGCCUGAAGAAUUACUUCAACAAGUCAGCGCGCAUCACCUGGCCAUUUUAUUGGACCAAUGUCGUGAGAGGGAUCAAUGCCCUAACGAAAAAGUACUCACGAAUCUUUGUACCUUCCUUAGAUGCGACCCUGAAUACACUCCGAAAAUAUAUACCGCUCAGGAACAAAGUGAGGUGCAAGAGUCCUGGAAAAGAGACAACUACAACGGGAUAGUGACCUUGAUCAAUGAACAGAGAAACGCCGAGUGUGCCAUGUUUAGGAGGUCAAACAGUACUGGAAGGGGACCUAGAAGACCUCCCAUCAAUGAGGUGCCGAUGGAAGAACUUCUAAAAGACGACGAGCCUCAGAAACUGAACAGAAUCCAACGUAGAGGAGCUAGUUUAGCACUGACAGCUAUAACUUCUUACUUUGGAUCGGAACUUCCGGUUAAAUUGCCGAAACUCUGGGAAUUGAUAGUAGGUCAGUUGGUUCAAACAGUUGAUCCACAAACCUUUAAUCCUGCUAGAGAUAAAGACAAGGAAGCGCAGCAGCUGGUGUGGGAUUUGCAGGUGUUGGAAGUGACAACUCCGAGUUUGCACGCCUCUUUGCUGUUGCCGUUGAUGGAUUUGACGUUGGAGAGGUUGUGUGUGCUGUUGUCUCAUCCGUACCGGGCUGUUCGACAUUUGGCUGCAAGAUGUUUGGCGGUGUUUGCGAAGCUUAGUUCUGUUAGAGUUAUGGAGUUAGUAGUUAGUAAGAUAUUACCUAAAUUAGGAGCCACAGACUGUGAUACGGACCGCCAAGGUGCCGUCGAAGCCAUAGCUUGCAUAGUCGACACCUUGCAGUUCGACAUCAUCCCCUUCGUAGUGCUACUCGUCGUACCUUUGCUCGGGCGCAUGUCCGAUCAGAACUCCUCCGUCAGACUAACCGGCACCCACAGCUUUGCCACCCUGGUGCAACUAAUGCCAUUGGACGGAGGCGUUCCCGAACCUCCAGCUUUAAAAGACAGCGUGCUCAGCGCCAAGAGGGACAAAGAACGCGAAUUCCUCCAGCAGUUGCUCUGUCCUUCUUCGAUACCGAACUACGUCAUACCGGUACCUAUAGCGGCCGAGUUGAGGAGUUAUCAGCAAGCUGGGGUGAACUGGUUGGCGUUUCUUAACAAGUACAAACUGCACGGGAUAUUGUGCGACGAUAUGGGGUUAGGGAAGACGUUGCAGAGUAUCUGUAUUUUGGCGGGGGAUCAUUACUACAGGGAGCAGAAGUAUAGAGAGAGCAAGUCGGCGGAUUGUUCUCCCCUGCCUUCGUUGGUGGUUUGUCCUCCUACUUUGACAGGACACUGGGUUUACGAGGUGGAGAAAUUCGUCAGCCACAAACACCUCAGGCCGCUCCAGUACAACGGAAACCCCGUCGAGCGCGAAAAAUUGCGCGGCAAAUUCAAAAAAUACAACCUCAUUGUCGCUUCAUACGACAUCGUGCGCAAAGACAACAACUUCUUCUCCAACAUCAAAUGGAACUACGUCAUCCUGGACGAAGGGCACAUCAUCAAGAACGGCAAAACAAGAACCAGCCUGGCCAUCAAGCAUUUGGUAGCGAACCACAGAUUGAUACUGAGCGGCACGCCCAUACAGAAUAACGUGUUGGAGCUGUGGAGCUUGUUUGAUUUUCUGAUGCCCGGGUUUUUGGGGACGGAGAAACAGUUCACUGCGAAAUAUUCUCGCCCUAUAUUGGCUAGCAGGGAUCCAAAGUGUUCACCGAAGGAUCAGGAGGCGGGGGUUUUGGCUAUGGAAGCUUUGCAUAGACAAGUACUGCCAUUUUUGCUCAGAAGAAUGAAGGAGGACGUUUUGGCUGAUCUACCUCCGAAAAUCACUCAGGAUUAUUAUUGCGAACUGAGUCCUUUACAGGAACAACUUUAUGAAGACUUUUCUAAGUCACAAGCUCAUCAGACAUUACAGGACUCUAUAUCUUCCGGAGCCACUGCGAGCUCCAUGCAAGGCAACACCCACAUAUUCCAAGCCCUACGCUACCUCCAGAACGUAUGCAACCAUCCGAAACUCGUCUUAAACCCCACCCAUCCCCAGUACCAACACAUAAUCGCCCAGUUGAAACAGCACAAUUCUAAACUCGAAGACAUCGCACAUUCGGCCAAACUGCCGGCACUAAAACAAUUGCUGAACGAUUGCGAUAUCGGUACCAACUUAGACAACGGUAUUUACAAGGAAUCGGAGAUCGUGAUCAAUCAGCACAGGGCUUUGGUGUUCUGUCAGUUGAAGGCGAUGCUGGACAUUAUAGAGAACGAUCUGUUCAAGAAGCACAUGCCCAACGUGACGUAUUUGAGGCUGGACGGGUCGGUGCCGCCUGUUAUGAGACAUUCGGUUGUUACACGUUUCAAUAAUGACCCAUCGAUAGAUGUUCUUCUUUUGACCACUCAAGUUGGAGGCCUAGGUCUCAACCUAACUGGUGCAGAUACUGUCAUUUUUGUGGAGCACGACUGGAACCCCAUGAAGGAUCUUCAGGCGAUGGACAGAGCGCACAGGAUUGAAUCAGAAAGAAGUUGUGGAGAUGUGUAUCGACUCAUAACGCGGUCUACCUUGGAAGAAAAAAUAAUAGGGGUAAGGAAAUAUACACCUUGUUAUUUAGAACACUCUGUAUAUUUAAACAAAUUUUCAGAUUACAAAAGUUCAAAGGCACAAACGGCAGCGAACACGGUGAUCAGAGAGUUUCAAUACAUGGAGACGAUGGGCACGGAACAGCUCCUCGAUCUGUUCUCGAACAAACCAGUAAUUAGUAGGGGCGACAGCGGUUCUUGAGGCAAGGGCAACGGCAUCAAAGCCAUUCUGGAAUCGCUGCCGGAACUGUGGGAUCUGAGGCAGUACGACGACGAAACCUGAUUUGACCAGUUCAUGACCAAACUUCAAUAA